ACGUCAUUUCCGUUCAUUUAAAAAUCCAGCUCGCUGGUGUUACUUUGAGGUAAAAAAGGGGGAGCAAAAAAAAAUAAAAAAUGAACGUCAGAUUUCUCUCAGAGGUUCGAUAGGUGUGUAACCUGACGAGAUAAGUGAAGCUUCACUGCUUCGUGUGUCUGUGUGUUGUGUAGUAUGGUACUAUGGCUGAAUCGAGCCUUUCACACGCGGUUCCGAACGGGUCCAGUCGCUACGAGAAGAGUUUGGGACUCCUCGCCAUUAAAUUCGUCACCCUGCUUCAAGAAACCAAAGAUGGCAUUCUCGACUUAAAAGUGGCUGCCGAGUGCCUGGCCGUCAGACAGAAGAGAAGGAUCUACGACAUCACGAACGUCCUCGAAGGGAUCGGACUCAUCGAGAAAAAGACGAAAAACACCAUCCAAUGGAAGGGAGAGAGUUCGGGCUGCCAGCCUCAGGAGAUCCUAGAGCAGGUGGAACUUCUGAAAGCUCAGAUAGCUGAGCUGGAGAGGCAAGAACGAGAGCUGGAUGUGCAGAGGGCGUGUCUGCAGCAAAGCGUCAAACAUCUACAGGAAGAACCCAACAUCAGCAGGUAUAGUUAUGUGACUCAUGAGGACAUAUGCGAUGUGUUCAGCGGAGACACUCUCCUGGCAGUAAUGGCACCUGCAGGAACACAACUUGAAGUCCCCGUGCCAGAAGUGUUUCAGAAUGGCCAGAAGAGAUACCAGGUGAAUCUGCGGAGCCAAUCGACUCCAAUCCAGGUUCUGCUGAUCAACAGAGAGACACGUGGCUCCAGACCUGUUGUCUUCUCCGUGCCACCCCCAGAUGAUAUUUGUGCCAUGCCCACUCCACCCAGCACACCUGCCUGCCUACAAAAGUACCCCAUUAUGUCGGAGUCGUGUGGUUUGGAGCACAGCCAACUCAAGAGCUCUGUGCCUGAGCACCAGCUCACCCCCUUGUCUACUCCACCUGAUGUUCAUAUGGAGUGCAACUCUGAAUCCUCUGGGAGUCGGUGCUUGUUAAUGCAGGAGCCCCUUGUUGAAUCAGAGGCUUCAGCACAGGCUCAUGGAGAUCUGGGUGCACAGGAUAUGCAGUCCAUGCUGGAUGUAGGAAAUCUGCUCCGACUCAAUUCUGUAGACCAAAUGAAGGAGGAGAGAGAGGGUGUUGCUGAUCUCAUAGAUGAGCUCAUGUCAUCUGAUGUCUUCCCCCUGUUGCGCCUCUCGCCCAACCACGGUGUGGAUUACAAUUUCAACCUGGAUGACAACGAGGGAGUGUGUGACCUGUUUGAUGUUCAGAUUCUGAAUUAUUAAGCAAAGUCCGAUUCUGCUGUGAACUUUGGCACUAUUGUUCUCCCCCACCAUGGUAACCCUCCAGAGCAUUGGCACCAAUCAACGCCAUUCAAAAACACUCCACACACACUGCCCAUUGGCCUCGUUUCAUACUAAUUUUCAAGGUCUCUCCUUACCAGAAUGUUUUUCAGCUGUUCAGUUUUCCCUGUAGGAACUAAAAACCACUAUAAAUCUGAGAUUUUGAUGCCAUCAAAAUGAUUCUGCAUUAUACUACUAAUUAGCGGUAUAAUAAUCUUUCUACAUUGUCAUCUGUUUAAUAUUAAGAGCAUCACUCAAAAUUAGUCUUCCUCUUAUCUUGCUGUAUAGUAACUGGAGCAUGUGGCUUAAGAUCCCCUUUCUGUUUGUUUUAUUUGCCUUUAGCACAGAGAUCUGGAACAAUAGGGGUCUUAUGCACUUGUCUGCUUUUACUGUUUUUGGUUAAAGUGUUGAAAGAAUAAUUGCAGCGCUGCCUUAUUUCAAUUUCAAAAGUUUACAUUUUUAUUUCUACAGCUAUUUAAAAGGUUUUUUCUGUAAAAAAAAAAAAAAAUGAAUAGCCUUAGAUAGUUCUUGUAUCUAAUUUAUCAUUUCGAGUGCUCUUUAAUGAGAGAAUGUUAUGAUGUUAAGCUGCCUUUCAAAAAUCUAAAGGUCUAAUGGACUGAACACGUGCCUUCAGUAGCCCUAAUCAAAGUGGUGAUUUUUUUUUUUGUUUUUUUUAUUUGUAUUUUUUUAUGGGUUGGUUUGCACAUUUUUUGUUUAUUUUUACAAAUAAAAUGAUUGCAUUUCCAAAA